AUGGGGACACUCAUGCAGAGCCUCUUCGGCACUCUCCCUGCUUCACAUACUUUACUGCUUGGGACAACCGAUCUGAUAUUCCUGCCUCUAGUCCUCAUGAUGGGUAUAUGGACAUUUGGUUCGCUGGCUAGCCAAUCACCUAGAGGUCAAACUGCACGAAUAGUAGCGCAAUCAGCGUUUUUCCUUCUGCUCGUUUUCAUCUUGGUACCUCAUCAACUGGCUUUUAUAGUCUCCUUUACAAUCCUAUGGAUAUCAAUCGUGUGGAACAAGAAUUCAGAGAUCUCCACCGAAGUGUCGAUGACGGUGCUCUUCAUAAUGCUCUUUCUAGUACCUUUCAAGGCCACCACACUACUGGUUUGGGCUCGAAGCCUCUGGUUGAACUGGAGCCACUCCCUCUCCACCGAUCAUAAUCUGUUUUUCGUUGGCCCGGCCGCAUUGGAUGUCGCACUGUGCCUUCAAGGGUCUCAUCCAAAGAAGCGAUCUAUCGCAAGUCUUGUAGCUCUAGCGACAGGAGCCUUCGUAUUUGGCAGCAGAUGGACAUGGGUGUUACAACCAUUAGGACAUAUUGUUCUAAUGUUCAUAGCGGGUAUAAUCUGGUGA